AUGUAUCAAUGCCGGACUCAAUUGCUCUCCUCCGGGUGGCUUGACAACGUCCAUUACAACUCCUCCUGUAACUACCACUCCGCCACCUUUCAUUACAACUACGACAAGUUCGACAUCGACGACGACGACGACACAAACCCAAAGCCCUUCCCCGACACCAAGCCCAACGCCACUGCCCUAGCCUUAAUUGGACUAUUAGCCUUCUUUAUUCUUCGUCAGCGGAAGAAGAAAGAUGAACAUCCCCAACAGCCGCUUGCCCCAGGUUACCCGCCAGUCACUGAGGCGACAUCACCCGGCCCUGGAGCUGGUCAAUUUUACGACUACCGUUCCAGUAUGGUCAAGCCUCCAAUGUCCCCAGCUACGGUCUCACCAGUAUAUCACCACCCCACAAGUCCCGACGGAACCAUCUCCACAUCGUCACCGGGGCCAUUCUACCCUCCUGGAUACCAGGGUCACAAUAUCGCGGAUCAUAGCCAAGGUCCAGUCCAACAGAAUUGGUACCCGCCUCCGAACGCGCAUGAGAUGCCUACUGCAAAGCAAGAAAGAGAUCCGCAAGAAAUGCAAGGAUAG